AUGUACCCUGGUAUUACAAAUGUGACAAUAUGAGGAUGAAGGUGGCUCAUGGUUUUGGUUCCCUAGGUAACCUGUAUGGGCGAGGGGCCACGGACAACAAAGGGCCGGUCCUGGCCUGGCUUCAUGCUGUGGAGUCCUACCAGGCCACAGAGAAGGAGAUACCAGUGAAUAUAAAACUCAUCAUUGAGGGUCUGGAGGAGGUGGGCUCAUACGGUCUGUUGGAGUUGACCAGGAAGAGAAACGACAGCUUCUUUGCAGAUGUGGACUUCAUAGUGAUCUCUGACAACGUAUGCGCGACCAGAACCCCAGCCCUGACCUAUGAAACCAGUAGGGAGCAGCUAUUUCUUUGUGGAGGUGAUGAUAUAGCUCAUUUGAUUGCUCAAAUAAAAAUAUGACACACUCUACCAUGGUACCAUU